AUGGGUCGGAGGCACACCCCCGCGGGCGCGCACGCGGCGUGGCGCUCAGGCCCGGGAGCGAACCAGCGGGUUCCGGGGCUGGGACCCGGCCGGGCAGCAGCGGACCCGCGAGCUCCUGCGCGGAAGCCUCUGCUCGGAUCCGCGGCGCAAGAAUCGCUUGGCUCCGGGUCUGAAAGGAUGGAUCACUGGCUGUCGCCGGUACCGCGUCUCGUGGCCCUGAAGCAAAGAGUAGAAAGAAGAAAGAUGCGGCUUUCAGUCCCGCUCGGUUGUCUAGAGAACGGGAUGGUUGCCGCUUUCCUGUUGCUAAUACCGUUUAGAGGGAAUGACUGCUUACCUAGACAUGCUCCUGGGGACCUGCUAUCUGAUGCCCUUGGAUGCCUCCAUUGGUAUGCCUGCAAAGAAUCUGGUAGAGCUCUUUGGCAGUCUUGCAAGGGUAAAUCCUUGCUUCAUACCUCUGUGGUUUGUGAAGACCUGGAUGCUGUUGAAGAAAUUCAUGAUCUGGAUUCUGAUGGCGUCAUUACUAUAGAGGAGCAGAUUAUCCUUCUUAAGAAAGCUAAAGUGCAGUGCGAACAGAACAUCACAGCCCAGCACCAGGAGGGAGGCAAUUGUUCCCCAGAAUGGGAUGGACUCAUCUGUUGGCCCAGAGGAACACUGGGGAAAAUAUCAACUGUCCCAUGUCCUUCUUAUAUCUAUGACUUCAAUCAUAAAGGAGCUGCUUUUCGACAUUGCACUCUCAAUGGAACAUGGGAUUUUAUUCACAGCUUGAAUAAAACAUGGGCUAAUUAUUCUGACUGUUUUCUGCAGCAAGAUAUCAUCAACACAGGAAAGCAAGAGUUCUUUGAAAGUCUUUAUAUCUUGUAUACUGUUGGCUAUUCCAUCUCCUUUGGUUCCUUGGCUGUGGCUAUUCUCAUCAUUGGCUACUUCAGACGGUUGCAUUGCACUAGGAACUACAUCCAUCUGCACUUAUUCGUGUCUUUUAUGCUGAGAGCUGUAAGCAUCUUUAUAAAGGACAAAGUGGUCCAGGCUCACCUGAGAAUAGGAGAGCUGCAGUCCCUGAUGGUUCAAGAUGACCUGCAAAGCUCCUUUGGAGUGCCUUCGGUGGACAAAUCACAAUAUAUUUGGUGCAAGAUUGCUGUUGUGAUGUUUAUUUAUUUCCUGGCUACAAACUACUAUUGGAUCCUGGUGGAAGGUCUCUACCUGCAUAAUUUAAUCUUUGUGUCUUUUUUUUCGGACACCAAAUACCUAUGGGGCUUCAUCUGGAUUGGAUGGGGAUUUCCAGCAGCAUUUGUUGUGGCCUGGUCAGUGGCACGAGCAACUCUGGCUGACACCAGGUGCUGGGAACUUAGUGCUGGAGACAGGUGGAUUUACCAGGCCCCAAUCUUAGCAGCUAUUGGAUUGAAUUUCAUUCUGUUUCUUAAUACUGUCAGAGUCCUGGCUACUAAGAUUUGGGAGACCAACACGGUUGGGCACGAUAUGAGAAAACAAUACAGGAAACUGGCCAAGUCCACGCUUGUCUUGAUUCUGGUCUUUGGCGUGCACUACAUCGUGUUCAUCUGCCAGCCACACUCUUUCACGGGGCUCUGGUGGGAGAUCCGCAUGCACUGUGAACUCUUUUUCAACUCCUUUCAGGGUUUCUUUGUGUCUAUUGUCUACUGCUACUGCAAUGGAGAGGUUCAGGCUGAGGUGAAGAAGAUGUGGAGUAGGUGGAAUCUGUCCAUUGACUGGAAAAGGACAGCACCAUGUGGCAGCCACAGAUAUGGCUCAGUGUUCACCACUGUGACACAUAGUACCAGCAGCCAGUCACACAUGGCGGCCAGCACUCGGAUGGUCCUCAUCUCUGGCAAGCCCAAGACUGCCAGUAGACUGCCAGACAGCCAUGUGACUUUGCCUGGCUGUGUCUGGAGUAAUUCAGAACAGGACUGCCUGCCGCAUUCCAUCCUCAAGGAGACUAAGGACCACCGGAGGCUGGAAGCUGAUAUGCUGGUGGUGGAAGAGUCUUGCAGGCCCUUGAAAUUUACCCUAGAGGCAGAGGAGUGCAAGGGAGAAACUGAGGAUGUCAUCUGA